AUGGAUGAGGACAAUUGUUUUGAAUGUGGUAAAGAGUACAUAGCGUAUUGGGAUGGAACCGAUUGGGUAAAAUCGAAUAACGAAUUCAUUGCCCUCAAAAGUUUAGGCUUUUCUCAAGAAAUUAACGAUGACUUUUUUGCAGAGAUUAAGGGAUAUGCUGAAUUAAUGAUAAAAAAUCGAGAAGGAGUUGAUCAUCGCAUUCUCCAAUAUUAUGGUAUUACACAAAAUCCGGAAACUAAAGAAUAUUUAAUGGUAAUAGAAUAUGCAACCUACGGUUCUUUACAUAAUUAUCUAAGUAAUUUAAGUAAUUCAGGCAAAGAAUUAUUGUGGGAAAGAAAAAUUGAUCUUUUAUAUAAUAUUUCCAGUGGUCUUGAAUCAGUUCAUUUAGCAG